AUGUGCCAUCUACCGGUGGGAAUUGAGCAUCAAGCCUUCUGGGCUAUUAUGGAAAUGAACUUGAACGCCAAAGUUUGCACUGAAGAGAGGAGAUUACAGCUGCAAGAGCUAGAAGAACUUCGCCUCGAUGCGUACGAUUUGUCCAUGUGGUACAAGGAGAGAACAAAAAUGUGGCAAAACAAAAAUCUUCAAAGGAAAGAGCUCAAUGUGGGGCAGAAGGUGUUGCUAUUCCAGUCCAGACUCAAAUUGAUGCCGGGAAAGCUAAGGUCGAAGUGGGCAGGCCCUUAUACCAUAGUUUCCAUACGCGCGAAUGGAGCAAUCGAACUCCAAGGAAGCGAACCUGAUUCGUCUUCCUUCUUGGUGAAUGGCCAUCAGGUGAAGCCCUAUAGAGACGGGAAUGAGGUGUGCGUGGUGGAAGAAAUUCCACUACUUGAAUCAUUCCACUGA